AGCUAAUAUUUAAAGCCUUCUGAGAAGAUUUAGCAAGGGGGAAACUGCGGACUUUAGACUUGAGCGGACUUUGGAAAGUCCACAAUCUCCACAAUCUCAAGGAUGUGUUGAAAGAGCGAAUGUAGUUAAAGAGAACAAUAUUUUAGACGAAGACGAUUGGCCGGGUAAUGUAGAGGAAAUUUAUGAAACUCCAGCUGAGAAAGCCCCUUUUGACUUGCUUGAUUUGGGCGAUGAAUUAGAUACUCCGGGUGUCCUGCCGGUACAUAAAACGAAAUUUAGCCAAGUAUAG